AGCGGAGCGAGGAGCCGGCUGCGCGCCCGGCGCUGGUCAUGUCCCGCUCGGUGCCCGGCUCUGAGCCCCCCGCAGCGCCUGGGCUGUGAGCGGGAGGCCCCGGGAGGCGCGGCUGGACGCCCAUGGAGGAGGCGAUGGACAAGGGGGGCGACAUGGCCUCGGUGAGCGACUUCGACCCCAUCGCGGGCAGCAUCCCGGCCACCAAGGUGGAGCUCACCGUCUCCUGCAGGCACCUCUUGGACAAGGACACCUUCUCCAAGUCUGAUCCAAUGUGUGUGCUGUAUACCCAGGGGAUAGAGACCAAGCAGUGGAGAGAGUUUGGCAGGACUGAGGUCAUUGACAACACCCUGAACCCUGACUUUGUGCGCAAGUUCAUCCUCGACUACUUCUUUGAAGAGAAACAAAGCCUGCGCUUCGACCUGUACGACGUGGAUUCCAAAAGCCCCGACCUCUCGAAGCAUGAUUUCCUGGGCCAGGCGUUCUGCACAUUGGGGGAGAUCGUCGGCUCGGCAGGAAGCCGCCUGGAGAAGCCGCUGACGAUGGGAGCGUUCACGUUACAUUCCAGAACAGGGAAGCCCACACCGUCCGUCUCCAAUGGUGGGAUUCCAGGGAAAAAGUGUGGCACCAUCAUCCUGUCGGCCGAGGAGCUGGGCAACUGCCGGGACGUGGCCACAAUGCAGUUCUGUGCCAACAAGCUGGACAAGAAAGAUUUCUUCGGGAAGUCCGACCCCUUCAUGGUGUUCUACCGAAGCAAUGAGGAUGGAACCUUCACCAUCUGCCACAAAACGGAAGUGGUUAAGAACACGCUCAACCCUGUGUGGCAGGCAUUCUCCAUCCCUGUGCGAGCCCUCUGCAAUGGAGACUACGACAGGACCAUCAAGGUGGAAGUGUACGACUGGGACCGGGACGGCAGCCACGACUUCAUUGGGGAGUUCACAACCAGCUACCGGGAGCUGGCCCGCGGGCAAAGCCAGUUCAACGUCUACGAGGUGGUGAAUCCCAAAAAGAAAAUGAAGAAAAAGAAAUACAUUAACUCAGGAACAGUGACGCUGCUCUCAUUCACCGUGGAGUCGGAGUACACCUUCCUGGAUUACAUCAAAGGAGGGACACAGAUCAAUUUCACAGUGGCCAUUGACUUCACAGCUUCCAAUGGCAACCCCUCGCAAUCCACCUCCCUGCACUACAUGAACCCGUACCAGCUCAACGCCUACGCCAUGGCACUGAAGGCGGUGGGCGAGAUCAUCCAGGACUAUGACAGCGACAAGAUGUUCCCCGCACUCGGGUUCGGAGCCAAAAUCCCUCCUGAUGGGCACGUGUCCCACGAGUUCCCCCUGAACGGCAAUGCCGACAACCCCUACUGCAGCGGGAUCGAGGGCAUCCUAGAAGCCUAUCACAAGAGCCUCAAGACUGUCCAGCUGUACGGCCCAACUAACUUCGCCCCAGUGGUCAACCAUGUGGCUAGAUACGCCGCCACCACUGAACAGGACGGCUCCCAGUAUUUCGUACUCCUGAUCAUCACAGAUGGGGUGAUAUCGGACAUGGCCCAGACGAAGGAAGCCAUCGUCAAUGCCGCCAAGCUGCCAAUGUCCAUCAUCAUCGUGGGAGUUGGGCAGGCCGAAUUUGACGCUAUGGUGGAGCUGGAUGGCGAUGACAUCAGAAUCUCGUCCCGAGGGAAGAUCGCUGAGCGAGACAUUGUCCAGUUUGUUCCAUUCCGGGAUUACAUCGACCGCACCGGGAACCACGUCCUGAGCAUGGCCCGCUUGGCCAAAGAUGUCCUGGCUGAGAUCCCAGACCAGUUCAUUUCUUACAUGAAGGGACGUGGCAUCAAGCCAAACCCAGCGCCCCCUGCGUACACCCCGACCAGCCCCACCCUUCAGACGCAGAUCUGAUGAGCAGGAGGGAAGAGGAGCGAGGUAAAAACCCAAGGCCUCUUGUGUCCAUUGUUUACUCUCUCUCUAGCUGGAUACCAAGGCAGUCAGAGCUUCCAGUGAGAUUCCUCCAUGGACUGUUUCUCCACACUUGGCUGUAGGCAGAUAGACAGUGAAGCUGUUGAGUUCCGACACUGCUUAUCCUCAUGUGUCAGUGGAAGGAUUUGUGGGACUCAGACACAAAGGACGUGUGGGGUGGGGUGGGGGGAGUUUUUAAAAGGACAAGCCCAGCAACUGACAAGCCUCUUCUCCGGGAGGGGGAUGGAGGGGAAAGGAGGGGGAUGUGAGUUGUCACUCCCACCAGACAGUGGAGUGGAGUCCCACGUCACCUGUUUUUCUUUGGGUUCUCGGCAGAUCCGCUGUUCCACCAAGUCCCCCAGCCUCUUUCUACUCCCCUUUCCAAACGAGUCUGAGUAUUUUAUAGCCCAUGUACAGUCCACCUGCUGUCUCCAGUCUGCUGAAAUUUCUCCUCAUCUCCUUGCUGUUCGCUGGCUUGGCUUAUAUAUCAGCUUGGCAGAUUUUUGGUUGGCUUCAGACAUCAGGUAUCUGCGUUGUUUUCUCUGCUGUUGUUCUGGCUGCACCAUUGUUCUGAGUUACUAAUGCUCCAUCUCCUAUCAAUCAGAUUUGGCAAAGAUCCACACGGCUUUUUUUUGGCUUUUGCCUAUAACCGCAUCAUGCUUUUUAAGCCCUGUGUUUGAUCUAUGCAGAGAGCCCUUCCCAUACCAUUCUGGACCUUUUAACAUUGAAGGCACAUUGUCGUGUGUCAUGGAGCUGCUCUGACUACGAGGGGAGGAUGCAUUAGUUUGACCUUUAGUACAUAUGCAUUUUGUGGCUGCUCCCGGCACCAAAAUUAAAGCUGAACCUCAUCACCCAUGGUCGACUCACAAGCUAUACGUGCAUUAACGCCUGGAGAAUUCUGCUCCUGGGGCUAAGUGAAAGCGUGUCCCUUUGCUGUAACUCCCAGGGUGACAGGGUGACACUUUGGUAGGGUUUGAACGUCCCUCCUUCUUUUGCUACUUUUUAUAAUGAGGGCUGCAGGACUGUUGGCCGCUACGAAAAGCUCUAAAAAGGCUAGGGAACAAAGUAGGUGAAUGUAGCUCUAAAACAUCAGAGAGCUCGUCUCAGCCGGUCCCUAGACAUUCUGCUGCCCUUGGUGCCCCUCAGUGGGGCUGCCUUUUUAAAAAACAAGUUUGGUUCCAUGUUUCUGGCUCCCUGGUGAGACCAGGGCUGACACACACACCCCGUGUCUAAUGGAAAUGGGGUGGCUAGGAGACCUCUAUAUAAUCAAACUCCAAGGAUAUCCUCAUUCUCCAGCUACAUUCCUUGUGUAACAGUAGCCGGGUAACUGGCUAGGUAAUUACCAUGUGUGACUGCCCUGUGGAUUCUCCUGCUUCCCCAGGAUUAGCAAUGGCCCAGUGGUUGAUUAACAGAAUGGAGCCCUAAGUGCUUUGUGUAUUUUAGGAGAUUCCUGCCGUGAGACACAGAUUCCACAAUACAAACUCCCAAGAGGACUAGGGGGGAAAUGGAGCCCUAAUUAAAGGUAGAUGCAACCCAGCAACUUAGUGUUAGCGCUCAGGGUCCAGCAGCCCCAUCACACUGCUCUCCUCUGCAUGAGAGGUAGAACAAGGACAGGAUCCAAUCCAGGCUUAUAGCUGCAUAGCACUGGAGUGGGAGGAGACAUGAGGAGCCAGUCACCUAUCCCAGCGGGAACAUGUCACCAGGAGCAGUUAGGCCCAGCUCCCCAAAGGGAGCCGAGUGUCACAGACCCUAGACAGUCACAGGAACCCCCUGCCAUCUGCAAUGCCUGGCUCAGGUGCCCUGGCUCCUAUACAAUGAAUGGGGAGAGAUCUGGGCCUUAGACUGGGACCCACAAAGCCAGCACUCUGGGCAGGAAGCCACUUGAGCUAGCCGGCAGGAGAAGCUGAGGAGGCAGGGGGAGGUGCUAAGCCCCUGGAGUUUGGCAUCUAAGUCCGGGCUGCAGGGAGCCGCCUGUCUCUGCUUGUGAGUCACCAACCAGGGCAAGGCAGGUGUUCAGCUGCCUAAGUCACGUGCGGGGCUGAUCUGCUAGGGGAGCUCAGCAGCUGUCUAACUGCACACAAGACCUGGGAGGGGAAAGAAGGGGAGACUCUCAGAACCUUCAGCCUAUUGGGCGGGGUUCUGACCCAGGAUGGGAGAGCCCCACUGGUUCACGUUCCUCCCCCUCAGCCUGAUGAGGAGAAGGGUGAUGCCCUGGCAUUGCUCAGUCACCUCCAGAAUUCAGCGUGGGGUUUUGGGGUGAAUGGGAAAAGGCUGAGGCCAGUGAAUGGCUCUGUUGCUUUGGGAGUGCCAGGCCUCCUCAGAGUUGCUUGCCUGAUGGCGGGGAUCUUUGACCAUGAACUUACUGAGCUCCGUUGUCCCAAACCGGGAGUGUGGGGGGGUCAUGACCAUGUGACCUACCCACAACCCCCUUUGCAUCGGCAGCAUGCAAUGCUCCUUUGUGCAAGUGCCACUCAAAUGAAGAAGCCCCAAAGAGCAGUCAGAGGGGGCGAGUGUGCCACUGCUGCCCAGCACUGCAUGAGCGGGGCGAGCAGGCAGUGCUUGGCCGGCAGCUCUGUACUCGUUUCUGUCCAUGUGUUGCUAGCAGGUGCCAUAGCCCCUGCAAUGCCAUGCCCCGUUCUGUACAAGUGUAGCUAUUGGGUGAUGCAUGCCAGUGCAGUCCUGUGCCCAGUUCUGUAAUGUGCUGCAUGGCCGAGCUGUCCUCCUGCUCUGUGUCGGUGUGGAUAGCAGAUGGUGCACAGGAGGCGUGGACAUGGGGCUGUGAAAACACACCUGUCAGAUCAGGCACAAGCCCUAUGCCCAUGAGGGCAGCUAGCCCGUGCUGCUGAAGGAACAUGAGUCUUCCAAGAUGGGGUGUGUACGUUUCCACGGGAAGGGGGCCACUGUACAGUCUCUCCUCCAAUCCAACUCUUCUUUACAAGCUACAGGAGGUGUCUCCAAGGUCUGAGAAUUCGCAACUGCCCAGCAUGUUACUGGGGAAGUUGGCUCCUUUCCUUCUUUCUCUUUCUCCUCCCUCCCACUCACUUGAUUUUUUAUUUGCAUGGGUGGUGAUCUUUCUAGACUGUACACUAUUGUAUUUUGUGUCGAAUGUCUGACGUGAGCUGAUUUGUAUUGGAUUGCCUUAAACUAAAAUAAACUAUGCUUUUUACUACAGCAA